AAGCUUUUGAAGCUUCUCAACAAUGGCGACUAUUCCUUCCCACAACAACCUUCUUACCAUCAACCACAAAAACUCCAUAACCGGUCAUCACUCUUCUUCUUCCUUAAAUACCAAUUUCUCAGAAAUCAAUUUUCCCGCCAAAUUCAGAGUAGCUACGAGAGCUUUGUCCAGAACCGACGAGUCUUCUUUAUCCGCCGUGAUUUCUCGUCUCGAGCGGGAAAGGCGGGAACGGCAAGGUUUAAUCGACGAAGCCGAAGGAGUUGGAGAACGGUGGAUGACGGCGGAGGAUAUUCGCCGGCGAGAUAAAAAAACCGAAGAAGAAAGAAGACUAAGAGACACGUGGCGUAAGAUCCAAGGAGAAGACGAUUGGGCCGGGUUAAUUGAUCCAAUGGAUCCAAUUCUUAGAUCGGAGCUAAUCCGUUACGGCGAAAUGGCUCAAGCUUGUUACGACGCUUUCGAUUUCGAUCCCGCUUCCAAAUACUGCGGCACCUCAAGAUUCUCGCGGCUCGAGUUCUUCGAUUCUCUCGGAAUGAUCGAUUCCGGUUACGAGGUGGCGCGUUACCUCUACGCGACGUCGAAUAUCAAUCUCCCGAACUUCUUCUCGAAAUCACGGUGGUCUAAAGUUUGGAGCAAAAACGCUAAUUGGAUGGGAUACGUCGCUGUCUCCGACGACGAAACGUCUCGUAACCGUCUCGGCCGCCGUGAUAUCGCGAUUGCGUGGAGAGGAACCGUCACGAAACUAGAGUGGAUCGCGGAUCUAAAGGAUUAUUUAAAACCAGUAUCCGGUAAUAAUAUCCGGUGCCCCGACCCGGCCGUUAAAGUCGAAUCCGGAUUCUUAGAUCUCUACACAGACAAAGACAAAACCUGCAAAUUCGCAAAAUUCUCCGCGCGUGAGCAGAUUUUAACGGAGGUGAAGCGUCUGGUCGAAAUAUACGGCGACGAAGAUGAUUCCGAUUUAAGCAUCACCGUGACGGGACAUAGUCUCGGUGGCGCGUUAGCGAUGUUAAGCGCGUACGAUAUAGCGGAGAUGGGAUUGAAUCGGAGUAAGAACGGGAAAGUGAUUCCGGUGACGGUGUUGACUUACGGAGGACCGAGAGUGGGGAAUGUUAGGUUUAAGGAUAGGAUGGAGGAGCUUGGAGUGAAGGUGCUGAGAGUGGUGAAUGUUCACGACGUGGUUCCGAAGUCGCCGGGAUUGUUUUUGAACGAGAGUCGGCCUCACGCGCUGAUGAAGAUCGCGGAGGGUUUGCCGUGGUGUUAUUGCCACGUGGGGGAGGAGCUGACGUUGGAUCAUCAGAACUCGCCGUUUCUUAAGCCGUCCGUUGAUUUUUCUACUGCUCAUAAUCUUGAAGCUAUGCUUCAUCUUCUUGACGGGUAUCAUGGAAAAGGAGAGAGAUUUGUGCUGUCGAGUGGGAGAGACCAUGCGCUAGUGAACAAAGCGUCCGACUUUUUGAAAGAGCACUUACAAAUUCCACCGUUUUGGCGUCAAGACGCAAACAAAGGAAUGGUUCGGAAUAGUGAAGGUCGUUGGAUUCAAGCCGAGCGACUCCGUUCUGAGGAUCAUCAUUCUCCUGACAUCCACCACCAUCUCUCUCAGCUCCGUCUUGAUCAUCCUCUUUAAUCACACACACACAUAUAUAAAUAUACUCAUUUUCAUAAUUUGUAAAUUUCUCACAUCCAUCUUUUGGAAUAAAAAAUGUUAGAAUCA